GUGCCCUGAGCAAGCUUCAUUCCCCAUCAUGGAGAGUCAGAGGGCCCAGUCCUCGUACAGGAAGCGCUUUGGGCCUCAGGGCUCGAGCAGCACAGGAGUCAGAAUCAGUAGCCUUUCCUCAGGCCGUCUGUCCUGGCAUGGCACCCCUCGCAACCUGACCCACUCCAGCCCCAUAUCCCGGAUCUCCUUGGGCUCAACCAACACGGCCCUGCUGCUGGGGAGCCCCGGGGACCGGCUGGACUUCUCAGCUGACUCCCUGAUGAAGGCCCAGUACAAGGAGACGCGCACCAAUGAGAAAAUGGAGAUGAUGGGCCUGAAUGACCGCUUUGCCAGCUACAUAGAGAAGGUGCGUCUGCUGGAGCAGCAGAACAAGGUGCUGGUGGCGGAGCUGAACCAGCUGAAGGGGAAGGAACCCAGCCACCUGGGUGACAUCUACCAGGAGGAGCUAAGAGAGUUACGAAGGCAGGUGGAUGGUCUCACUGCUGGCAAGGCUCGGCUGGAGAUUGAGAAGGACAACCUGGCAGCUGACGUGACCACACUGAAGCAGAGAUUGCAAGAUGAGAUUGGUCUUCGACAGGAUGCAGAGAACAAUUUGAAUGUCUUCAGACAGGAUGUGGAUGAAGCGUCUUUAAAUCGCGUCCAGUUAGAGAGGAAGAUUGAAGCCCUCCAGGAUGAGAUAAACUUCCUGAAGAAAAUUCAUGAGGAGGAGCUACGUGAGUUACAGGACCAGAUCAUGGCCCAUCAGGUCCAUGUUGACCUAGAUGUGUCUAAACCAGACCUGACUGCUGCUCUAAGAGACAUCAGGGUCCAAUAUGAAUCCAUGGCCACUUCCAACAUGCAGGAGACAGAGGAGUGGUACCGAUCCAAGUUUGCUGACCUGACGGACGCAGCCGGUCGAAACGCCGAAGCCUUGCGCCAGGCCAAGCAGGAGGCCAACGAAUAUCGCCGCCAGAUCCAAGUGGUGACCUGUGACCUGGAGGCUCUCCGUGGCACAAACGAGUCCAUGGAACGUCAGCUCCGGGAGAUGGAGGAACGCUGUGCAAUGGAGACAGCUGGUUACCAGGAUACAGUGAGCCACCUGGAGGAGGAUAUCCAGGCUCUGAAGGAGGAGAUGGCGAGGCACCUGCAGGAGUACCAAGACCUCCUCAAUGUCAAACUGGCCCUGGAUAUUGAGAUUGCCACUUACAGAAAACUACUGGAGGGGGAGGAGAGCAGGAUCACCAUUCCAGUCCAGAGCUUUUCCAACCUGCAGUUUAGAGAAACUAAUUUGGAUACUAAAACCCCAGAGGCCCACGUGAAGAGAAGCAUCCUGGUUCGAACUGUGGAGACCAGAGAUGGGGAGAUCAUUAAGGAAUCAACCACUGAACACAAAGACCUUCCUUGAAGUUUUAAGAUCAGUGUUCUCUCUUCUCGUCCUCCGUCACAAUGUGGGGUUCCUGAAUGAACAUACUUUUUGUUUCCAAACCCAACAGCUUCAUCGUAUAACCAGAGUCAUUAAAUAAUUUAAUUUUUUAUCUCACUUCACCAUCACCUGGUAGCUAAUCUGUUUACUGUCUUACAGUCGUGGCAUAACCAUCAAAUACACAGAUGUAGCUUUUUGUACAGCUGUGACUAACAGACUGAACUACUAGAAAUGAACGAUAACCUUCAUGUAUUCUAACCUGGGCUGUCGGACCAGAUUUGUAGCUUUGAUUCAGAUUAGCUGCCCUAGAAGAGGCCUUGAUAUGUAGUGAUUGAGUUCAGCUAAUACGUAGCGUGGUGGAGGCUGACGUGUGGUCAUGUCUUGUGUAUGUGAAAAAUGGCGGGAGGGAGCGGCGGUUUGCAGAUUUUCGCAGAACAGAACAGGGUUUAUGUAAGGACAGAGGCAUGUGUAUGUUACAGCAGCAUUUGGCAGAAAGACAGGUGAACCUGUGCUGGUUUUAAUCCUUUGUCGGGUGCUAUUUUAUAUAUAUUUUGUCCUUUGUAGUAGCAGCUGACCGCCUGUGUGUUGCUUCUUGAGUUGAAAGGCCUGCGCACAGGCACAGGUGUUUUCAGUGAGCCUCAUCUCUUGUUGAUUAGACCUGUUCCCAGGCUGCUCUGGGAGUUUGCUAACACCAGUAACCUUUAUCUACUGUGUAUUAAUGAUUUCUACUCCUUAAAGAGUGUACAUGAGUACCGGGGGACAAACACAAAUUAUAGGCAUCCAAAAAUGUCGAAAGUCUCUGGAACAAAAAUUCAGCACAGUUUCUGAAUCCAAAUUCUAGGAAACUGAAAUAUCUGAUUUGCUUUUAUUUGAUUGUUUCCAAAUAUUGGCAUUAAUGUCUUUUUCUGGACGAGUGUCAAUCUUUGCGAUUGACUAGUUUUGUUUCCAUGUACUACCCGUAAGAAGUUGUCCCAUGAACAGAGUUGGAGACCUCUGUGUCCUGAAAUCAGUCAAAAUAUGUAAGAGCAAAUGUGUAGGGCCUUCCUGUUUCUUACAUUAUUUUACCUCUACCAUUCUUCAUCUUCUGUCCAUGUCUCUUGAAAGCAACCAGUUGGAGACGUCACAAUUUUUGACAGUGAUAUAGUGAUAUAAAAAUAUAUAUUGUGAAUGGGAGCUGCCGAGAUCUCUUCCCUCCAGCCGCCUGACCACCUUUCCAGUUUGGCCUGAGAGCAGAGAGAGACAAAAGACAGAAAAGAGCGCUGCCGUGGUAACCUCCAGCAAAUCCAGCGACACAACACUGCACUGCUGUUUUUGUUUAGAAGGGGAGGAAGUUGGUGAAAAGGUGAAAAGGACCGGGGAGAAGGACACACACACAGCAGCUGAAACAUCGUAAUCCAAGCCGCGACUUUUGUUGGAGCCCCCUGUGAGUGAAGCAGUGCUGACAGGCCUUGUCACUAAUGAGAGCAGUGCUGUACCGAAGCUGGCUGUGUCCGUGCUCGUCAUUAGAGACACAAAGUGAUUCGUACCCCCCACCUUCUAUCCUCCACAAUUUCCACUACCCUUCACUCAACCCCUUAUCCUGUUUAACACACAGCACUCUUUAGCAUUCACGCCGUUUCUUUCUUUUUUCUUUUUUUGAAUGUUUCCUCUAGAUAGAUGUGAAUAUAACAUUAGUUUUGACCUACGAUGUCAUGUUAACAAUAAAAUAUUUUGUUUGCUGGA